GUUAAAGAAAUUAAAAUAAAUAAAUUAAAGUUAAAAAUAAAAAAAGAUUUUAAAAUAAGAAUUUGAUAAAAUACAAGGCAAAAAGAAGAAAAAUAUUAUUUUUGAAUAGUGAAUUUUAAAAAAAAUCGUAUAAUUCAGUGAAAAUGACUACAUACACUGAUAAAGGCCGUAAGCCUGAAGCUGGAAAAUUUUUAAGUUUUGAUCAUUUAGUAUUUUAUGUUGGAAAUGCAAAACAAGCAGCUAGCUUUUAUACUACACGUAUGGGAUUUGAACCAUUAGGUUAUCAAGGAUUAGAAACUGGAAGCCGUCAAUAUGCUAAAUAUGCAGUUCGUCAAAAUAAAAUUACAUUUGUAUUUGUUUCUGCAUAUGAACCAAAUAAUAAAGAACAUGGUGAACAUUUAAUGAAACAUGGAGAUGGUGUUAAAGAUAUUGCAUUUGAAGUAGAAAAUUUGGAUGCUAUUUAUAAGCAUGCUAAAAUGCGUGGAGCAGAAGUUAUCAAAGAUGUUUGGGAAGAGAAAGAUGAAUAUGGUUGUGUACGAUUUGCAACUAUUAAAACUUAUGGUGACACGACACAUACAUUUGUGGAACGUUAUCGGUAUAAAGGAAAAUUUUUACCAGGAUAUAAACCUCUUCCAAAAGACUGUCUUUUAAGUGUUUUACCACCAACAAAAUUGGAUUUUAUUGAUCAUGUAGUUGGUAAUCAACCGGAUCUUCAAAUGGAAAGUGCAGCGGAAUGGUACGAAAGAUGUUUACAAUUUCAUCGUUUUUGGUCUGUUGAUGACUCGCAAAUUCAUACUGAAUAUUCCGCUUUACGGUCUAUUGUAAUGGCUAACUAUGAGGAAACUGUUAAAGUACCUAUAAAUGAGCCAGCUAAAGGAAAAAAAAAAUCACAAAUACAAGAAUACGUGGAAUAUUAUGGAGGAGCUGGUGUACAGCAUAUCGCUUUGAAUACAAGUGAUAUAAUUACAGCAAUUAGAAAUUUAAAAUCACGUGGAAUGGAAUUUUUAUCAAUACCAGAUACUUAUUAUGAUCUGUUAAGAGAAAAUCUAAAACUUAGUAAAGUUGUAGUAAAAGAAGAUUUAUCUAUUUUGCAAGAAUUAAAAAUUUUAAUUGAUUAUGAUGAAGAUGGUUAUUUGUUACAAAUUUUCACAAAAAAUAUGCAAGACAGGCCAACAGUAUUUCUGGAAGUAAUAGAACGACAUAAUCAUAAUGGUUUUGGAGCCGGAAAUUUUAAAGCAUUAUUUGAAUCAAUUGAAUUGGAGCAAGCUAAACGAGGAAAUUUAUAGAUUGAAUUAUUUAUUACAUUAUCUAUUACAAUUUUAUGUAAACUUAGAUGUUAAAACUAUUGAAGAUAUAAUAAAAUUAUAUUAUAAAUUUGUUAAAAAAAAAAAAGAGAG